AUGCCAUUUAUUAUUCUGGACUUUAUUGCACGUCACUCUAGCAUUCCAGUACCGUUGACUAACCGGAAACCAUCGCUUGAAGUUUCCUUGACGUGUUCUGCAGGCUUACUAAGAAUCAAAACGAAAAAGAGCGGACAGCGGCAGGGAAUUCGGCGUACAACUCUUCGGACGACAUCUAUUUGGACGACCAGGAGUUUUUGGAGGGUUCUGGUCGAGGAGGCAGUGAAGGUCGCGACACUGAAGCAUCCGGAAGUGGCCUUGGUCCGGACGACGAGGACGAUUUUAGUAACAACAACAGGAUAGAACCACCGCCUCCAAGGCCGGCAGAACCAAAAACACCAUACUCCGUGAACGAACCAAGUGAUAAAACUAAGGAACAGACGAUCGUCGAGCCGGUAAACCGACCCGACAACGAGGUCGAUGUAAUCGAGCCCUUAGAUGUCGAGGACGACCACUCGGACAACACCGACGACAUCCACGACGUGUACAUCAUGAACCCGAAACACGAGGACCGUGCCAGCUCUUUCUUUGCUCAGCCAGGUGUAUUGGCAGCGGUGAUCGGUGGCGCAGUAGUCGGUCUACUUUGCGCAAUCCUCGUGGUGAUGUUCAUCGUGUACAGGAUGCGCAAGAAGGACGAGGGCUCGUACGCCCUGGAUGAGCCAAGAAGAUCACCAGCGGCGCAGGCGUUCCUUAAGCCCGGCGCGCCGCAUCACAAUCGGGAAUUCUACGCUUGA